AUGAGGACCAUCGUUGCUCUGCUGUUUGUUCUCCGCAGCUGCGUCUCUGAGAUGCUGGUUCUUCAAACUAGAAACAAUGACAACAAGCCUUUCUCUCUGGAAGACAGACCGACAGCCAGCGAGAACCAGGUGGAGGAACAGAGAGUCCUACUCCAGGAGCUGAGAGCCAUUGUGACACAACAGAGCGCCAAACUGAAUGAGAUGGGAGCCACCGUGGAGGAACUGAAGGGAGACAACAGAGAGAGACCGAAGGUGGCCUUCUCAGCCUCGCUGGCUGAAUCCAAAGGACCAAAUAGUGAGGAUGUCAUCCUGGCCUACAAACAUGUCUUCAACAAUGUUGGUGACGCUUACAGUCCGGUGACGGGUGUCUUUAGAGCACCGGUUAAAGGAGUCUACUACUUCACAUACACUGCUUUUUCAGGCUCUAGCGAGAAGAGAAGAGUGUCGCUGUUUAAAAAUACACAGCUAAUGGUGACUGUGACCGAUGAUGUUUCAGACUCAGAGGACGGUGGAUCCAAUGGCGUCACGCUGCAGUUGGAUGCAGGAGAUGAGGUCUACACUCGGCUGAUGGAAGGAUUUCACAUCUUUGAUGACAAUAAUCACCACAGCACCUUUACUGGCUUUCUGCUCUUCACUUAG